UAAAAAAUAAAACAAAGAGCUUUGUCUUGCAACAAAUGCAAUUAACUACUAACACAUCCCACUCAUUUACCCUUUCUCUCUAUCUCCUCAGCAGACUCUUGAUCCAUCCAUGCAACAACACACAGAAGAUUCUGCAGUCGCCUUCUCUCUGCCCCUUGACUGAAUGACGCUUCCUAUGAAAACAAAACAACAGUAUUUUAUUAUAGGUAUCAUAAAAGACAAAGACAUGAAAGGCAGUUACAUGAUGCUGUUGUUUCUGCCCUCUGGCUUCAUUAGACCUUUUUGUUCUUUCUUCCCUUCUCCUCUCCUCCUUGGAGCUGUGGGUUGUUUUCAAGUGGACUUGUGAGGCUAAACAAGACCGGUUAACAAGUGAGAUGAUGAUGAUGAUUGGUGGGAAUGGAAGUAGAAGCAGAUAUCCCUUCACAGAAUCCCAAUGGCAAGAGCUGGAGCACCAGGCCCUCAUCUUCAAAUACUUGGCCGCCGGCAUCCCUAUACCUAAUGAUCUCAUCCUUCCCAUCAGGAGAAGCCUCCUGUUGGAUUCUCCCACACUCGGUUUUCCUCAUCCUCCAUCAAUUGGGUGGGGGUGCUUUCAGAUGGGUUAUGGGAGGAAAGUAGAGGACCCAGAGCCAGGGAGGUGCAGGAGAACUGAUGGGAAGAAGUGGAGGUGCUCCAAAGAGGCCUACCCGGACUCCAAGUAUUGUGAGAGGCACAUGCACAGAGGCAAGAGAAGUUCAAGAAAGCAUGUGGAGUUGUCUCUAGCCUCCAAUCCAACAUCUGCCCAACUUUCCUCUCCAUAUUCCCCUCUUCUUUCCUUGUCGCCACCUGAGGCCCACCAUGCUCUUUUCCCCUGUUCAUCCUCUUCAGGUUCUCCUGGUAUUGGGUUCUCAACCCACAAUAACAUUCCCUAUUCUCAUCUAGACACUGCGUGCCUCUCAGCUGAUAACAGUAACAGGGAGUUUUAUGGACUCAAGAAGGAUGUAAAUGAAUACAAUUUUUUCUCAGAAGCCUCUGGGGCUGAAAGGGAGGGGAAAUUUAGGCCACUGGGGUUGACCUCCAUGGAUGAGUCCCAACAGAGCUCUAACUUUGCUGUUGCUUUCGCUUCUGGGGAGGUCAAGGCUGUGGAGUUGGAGGACUCCCAGAACCCGAAACCUUUCCACUGUUUCUUUGAUGAGUGGCCACAGAGAGGCACAGGAUCAUGCAUAAGUUUGGAGGAAGACAGGUCCCAACAAGCAUCGUACUCGAAUACCCAACUCUCAAUUUCCAGUUCUCUCUAUCACAAUGAUGGUUGAAUUAUGAUGAUGAGCUUACUUUCUAAGCGAUCAAAGUUUCAUGGAACAUUGUCAAAUUGCUGUCCAUAUGUUUGAGCUCUCCUUGCUCCCCCUCUUCCCCUGGUGUGUUUCAAUAAAUGAGAAGCAGCUUUUGAGGUCACGAAGUGUUGUGUUUUGCUGUUAUGAUGGAGUUCUGGAGUAUUUUAUGCUCUAUUUCUGUACCACCACUGGUGGAUAGACCCCAAAGAGGAUUGGGAAUACUAGCUGUAUCUCUCCACUAAUUAGCUUCAGCUUUGGCUGCAAUGCUUUAAAGACUGCUAAGAAAGCAUGAGUGAACUGUUUCCAACCACCACAGUUGGAAAGAGUUUGUAUCAGUUUUUGCAACCUAAUCUAGUCACUUGGCUCAGUCUCAAUAA